GCGAAGAUGCCGGGUCCGGGCCGGCGCCCACCGCAGUAGACCUACCGGGACGGUGCUGCGCAGACCGACGGACGGAGCGUCAACUCCCGGUCAACCCUGGUGACCAUGGCGGUGUUUCACGACGAGGUGGAGAUCGAAGACUUCCAGUAUGACGAGGACUCGGAAACCUAUUUCUACCCCUGCCCGUGUGGCGAUAACUUCUCCAUCACCAAAGAAGAUUUGGAGAAUGGGGAAGAAGUGGCAACCUGUCCCAGCUGUUCUCUUAUUAUAAAAGUAAUUUAUGACAAAGAUCAGUUUAUGUGUGGAGAAACAAUCCCAGCUCCUUCAGCCAACAAAGAAUUAGUUAAAUGCUGAAGAAACCUUCAGAAUCCAAGUCCUAAAGAGUUGGUGAUGAGCCAGGAUGGAAAUAUCAAGUACAAAGUUACUGGCUUCUUUACAGGGACAUCUGCUUUAUGGCUUGUCAGGAAUGUAGAUCUUUUAACAACUGCCAGUUUCAUCUUCAACUAGAAAAGUGAUCUGCUCAUGACAUGUUAGACUUGGAUUUCAUGCUUAGAACUUUGAAGUGUAAGUUGGAAAUAUACUUGAUCCAUUUGGAUUUCAAAAAAAAAAAUCAAUGCUUCCUCUCAGUUUUAUCACUUUUGUAUUUUCAUCCUAAUUCAUUAAUUAUAACAGCAUUAUCUACCUCAGUCAUUAGAGCUCCAAAGUUAAAAGGAAGUUAUAUUUUUUUAUUUAACUAUUAAGAUUAUUAAAAUUAGCCCUUUGUCUGACAGUUGACAUCAGCUCUGUCAUUCUAACCCUAAGAAAAUCCUAUGUUAAUCGGGGCUGCUGCUCCAUUUCCAUUGCCAAGCCAGUCUCCUAACACUUAAUGCAUAUAGUUCAAGUGUCCUGUUAAAGAGAAAAUGUAGGCCCAAUUUCUCCAUAGUGGCAAGUUAGUGAUGAAAGUAGAAAGAUCUAAGGUGAAAUGAUCAGAGAAAUGGAGUCUGUAAUACUCCAUGUUCCUUGAAAGUCAGGACAAGAUAAAAAGGAAAACUGCCAAAGGAGAGAGAUGGAUCAGAGGAGUGAAACAUGAAAACUUAGUAAAUUAAAUGCUUGAAUGAUUUUUCCAGAUCAGGAGAAAUACUUCUGAAUCUCUAUUUAUUUGAUUUUUUUUGAAGCCCGGGUCUAUGUAGCUGAGUCUGGUCUCAAAUAUGUCAUCCUCCUGCCUCAGCCUGGGAUUUCAGACAUGGAUCAUCACCAUGCCUCGCUCUUUGUACACUGAUAAGAAUGAUGAAAUAGUCUUUCGGUAGAGGUUAAUGGCAGAUCUUUGCAGCUGGUGGCAGUGCAUGCCAAAUCUCAUGGCCUUAUGUUGUUAUCACUAAAAGACUAAGCAUCUACAACAGAGAAUAACUUUGACAGUGGGAGAGAGCUCUAAAUAAAUGUACCCGUGAGGACAUAUCCAAUAUGCUCCAUAGCAUGCAACCAAAGCAGAUGUGCAUAGCUGCCAAGAAAUGCUACCUGCAGAAAGAGAAAUAUAUGAAGCUAGGCUCUCAAUCUUCCUUGGCUGCAGUGCUGAAAUUAGGAAAAAAUCAAAAUCAUUUACAUGGAAAAUUGAAAGCUCCCUUUAUAAACAACUUUGAUUUGUGAAAAUUCACUAAUCUGGCAGGUUGUUUUGGGGUAUGGCUCCUACUAUUAGAAAAUAGUGUGCUAGAAUGUGGGUGUUCAUUUUCCUGAUUUUGAUAAAUGUGUUUUACUGACUUGUUGGAGGUUUAAAUUAAAACAUACAAGUGGA